AUGGCUACUAGUGACCUAGACACUUACAGAGAACCCCAGCCCGGUGACCUGAUCGAGAUCUUUCGACCGGCCUAUCAGCACUGGGCCUUGUAUCUGGGAGAUAUAUACGUUGUCAACCUUACACCAGUCGAUGAAAGCCAAGCAGCCGCCAGGUCCAGCGUGAAGUCAGUGUUCACUCGGAAGGCUGUGGUGCGAAUGCAGCUCCUGCAGGACGUUGUGGGGGAAGAUCCGUUCCGUGUCAACAAUAAAUACGACAGCAGUCACACGCCUUUGCCUGUGUCUGAGAUUAUUGAGCAAGCACAGCUACUGAUUGGUCAGGAGGUGUCAUAUGACCUGUUGGGCAGCAACUGCGAGCACUUUGUCACCCUGCUGCGAUAUGGCAAGGGUUUAUCUGAGCAGGCAACGCGUGCUAUCGGGGUGAUAAGUUUGGUGACCGCAGCAGCGAGUGCCUUUUCUCUGCUUCGCCGCAUCAACACUCGCUACAGGAACAGACGUUCCUGA